CGUGUGCUCACAAACAUGGUCAGGCAACACCCAGCUCCACAAUCCCUAAAAUCCUUCUCCUUUUUCCGCGGCCCCUCCACCUCUCCCGCCCCUCUCCCGCCGCCGCCAUCGCCGCCCCUCAUGCCGGGUCCCCCCCUGCCCUGCAAUGGUUCCUCCCUCCCGCCGCGGUCCCCCCCCCGUCCCGCGCCGCGGUGGUGGCGGCCGGCGCGCGGCCCGGUGACGCGCGAGCCAUGGCGGCGCUGCCCCCGGGGCCGCUGUCGCCGCCUGGCGGGGGCGCGGCGGACGCGGCGGGGCCUGAGGGCGCCGAGGGCCUGUUCGUGCUGCUGGGCGCGGGGCUCGCCGCCGCCAGCCACCCCCUGCUCUACGUCAAACUGCUUGUGCAGGUCCGCUCGGGGGGGAGAGCGGGGAGGGCGACGGUGCGGUGGGAGUCCCGUUGGCCAUGAGCCACUACCUCCAACCAUUGGAAGAAAUGUGCUGGGAAGGAAGGUCCUGUACCUGCCUGGCUUCUUCACCUACGCCAGACACAUCGUGGAGGUGGAUGGGAAGAGAGGCCUCUUCCGUGGCCUGACUCCUCGCCUCAUCUCAAGCACUUUAUCAACCGUCACCAGGGGGAGUGUGAAGAAGGCUUUUCCACUGGAAGACAUGGAGCACGUGUCUAACAAGGAUGAUGUGAAAACUUCACUUAGGAAAGUGGUCAGAGAGACAUCCCACGAGAUGAUGAUGCAGUGUGUGUCCCGCGUUGUCUCACACCCUCUGCACGUGAUCUCCAUGCGCUGCAUGGUCCAGUUCGUAGGCCGGGAAGUCAAAUACAGCGGUGUGUUCAGUGCCAUUGGCAGGAUAUUUAAGGAAGAAGGGGUCCUGGGAUUCUUUGUUGGGUUAGUCCCUCACGUCCUGGGGGAUGUCAUCUUCCUCUGGUGCUGCAACCUCCUGGCUCACUUCAUCAACACCUACGCUGUGGACGACAACUUCAGCCAGGCCUCGGUGAUCCGGAGCUACACCAAGUUCGUGAUGGGGAUCGCUGUGAGCAUGCUGACCUACCCGUUCCUUCUCGUGGGAGAUCUCAUGGCAGUGAACAACUGUGGGGGCAGCUGUUCCGUGGCUCCAGCCUGCUGUUCCGCAGGGCGCCCAUCCCAGCCGCCUUCCCCAUCGACUGAUGCCUCGGCAGGGACAGCUCAUCAACCUGGACUCCUCAAGAAACCCCAAGCUUGUUUCAGUAUCUGUAUAUUUCUAUUUUCUGAUCCAAAGUCCAUGGUGCCAGAACUGACACCUCCUCUCCAGCAAGGCCAGGAACAGACUUCUGGACACCUGGCUCAGGCUCCAGCUGCACCAAAGCUCCAUCCUUGUGGCUGUCUCAACUGGGAUGUAUAGCAGAGAGAGCAGAAAGCUGUUGUCUCUUUGGUCCAGGCUGUAGCUCUGGAGUUGCUGGGGAAGUCCAGGAAUCCAGAAAAUGCCCAGGCACUAAAGGAGCCAGCCAUGAGCUGCAGGGACAAAAGACUGCUUUGUUCUGCCUGGGCUGAAAAGCAGCAGGAGAUCCAAGGUCACCUCCCUAGGAAGGUUAUGCCAGGUGACAGCCUCCUGCCUCAUCCUCUGUGGAGAGAGCACUUUUGCCUGGCAGGUAGCUCAUCCUGGGCAAGAUCAACGUGGCAUCCAUAUUUAAGGUUUGAGAGUACCUGAUCACCCAGGAACACCUCCCACAGGCAUGAAAAGGAAAUUAUAGGAUCAAAAUAGGGAAGGGAAACAGAGUCCCACUGCAAAGAACAGAAGAGUCCCAAAGAGAUGGGUCCAGCCCAACUCAGGGCAGCAAUGGGAUGUGGACAUGGAGAGAGCCCUUGAGAAGGGACGUGUGCUGCCAGUGGUGCUGCUUUGGGCAGGAUUUCAGCUGAGGGAAUGGGCUGUGGGAUACGCCCAGCAGAGCUGUGGGCUGGGCAGGCAGCCUGCACACUCUCUGGGGGAGGUGGGUGCUGGGUUGGACUGGCCUGGCUGCACUGAGGGGCAUCUCCAGCAGCACCACGAGCCCUGCUGGGCUCCUGUUGCUGAUGGAGUGGGAGCUGCUGGGAUCUGAGAGCCCUGUCCAGGGCUGUCUGCAAUGAAGGGAUACACCUUGAGCUGGCCAAAAGCUGGUGAGGCAUCAGGGUCGAAGGCUCCUCAGUGGAGCACGGCUGGCUCUGUGUGUAGCAGAGCUCACCAGUGGCACCAGGGCAGGAUUGAUGCUCAGCUCCCCAGAGAAGAGUUUCUUUGCACCAGUCUGUGCUGUGCUGGCAGCCAGGCAGAUUUCCCCCAUUUCAGUUCCCCACGAAGCAGUCUUUUGCACAGAGGUGAUGCUGCACUCCCUGGGAAGAGGUUUAGCAUUCCUUGAGCAGGUUCCCACGUGCUGCAGCAGCAGCAGCAGCUGGGGUCACAUCUCAUCCUGGUCCUCUGGGGACCUGCUAUCACAGGGGUUUUUUUCUCCAGCAGGCAGGGUUGAUGCACACCCCAGGCAGGGCUUGCAGGACAGUGGUGGUGUGUGCUGGGAAUGGCAGCCCCCACCCAGCUCCCUUCAGUGUUGUGAAGUCAGUCCUGUCUGUCCUCCCUUGCUCCCAGUUUGUGUUACAGUUAAAUAAUGCAUGGACCUGUUCCCUAACACCAGAGUGAUUUCAAAGAUGAUUUAAUUAUGCUCCAAAAUACAGUUAUAAAACAA